AUGCUAACACUUCCUGAGUACAAUGAGCAAAUACCGAAUGUACGUUCGCUUCUCACAAAAUGGGCCAAAGUUGAACGGAUACAGGACGUUCAAGACGGGUUACAACUAGAUGUGCGUUUAAAGACUGAUACUUUACUUGAGUUACAUAUAUACUAUGACCACGUUUAUCACGUUCCAUCUAUUAAGUUCAGACUUUGGUCUUUAGAUACAGAAGAAGAUAUUUCUUCUCUUAGGUUGCUGACGCUAUCGGAUUCAGAACUACGUUCCAUUUUAAACUUGGGUACAUUUUCUGUAACUUUAAGUACUGACAUGGAAAUGAAAAGCGUGUACUACUAUAUCAAUAAUUGCGAUACAGAUGCGAACGUGGGAUCAGAUGUUGAGCACUAUUUGACGCGUUGGAUAUCCUUAUAUAUACGCAUAUUUGAUCUUAAUUUUGUUCCAUAG